UCCGCCAUUUCGGAGGCGACCAGAAAACCAUUGUUAGCAAAAUCUCCGCGAUGUUGAAAAUAUCGACCUUAGAUUCGUAAUUUUUCACACUUUAGUCGCGAGGUUGAAUAUUUAGAAAUAUACCGUUCUCGAGAAAGUAAACAAACUUGGACAACAAUUUCUCAAAUAGUCUCUUGCGCGUCAGAAUUUGUACAUUUGUCUGAAUUCGUCCGCUUGUGUGUUAGCCUAGCAGCAGGCCGUUAACCCGGGACGUCGGCGUUUAUCGUCUUAUAUCAGCAUCUAGUUUUAAACUUACUUCGUUUGUGAACAUUAUAUUUCACGUCUUAUAUCGUCACCCUGUCAGUCACCGCACAGGAAUUCGUAGGAAUCAAAGGAAAAAUGGCGAGCUCGGUGGGGAACGUGGCUGAUAGCACAGAACCAACCAAACGUAUUCUUUCCUUCCAAGGGUUGGCCGAACUGGCGCAUCGGGAAUAUCAGUCAGGAGACUUUGAGGCGGCCGAGCGUCACUGUAUGCAGCUCUGGAGGCAGGAACCAGAUAACACUGGUGUCCUGCUCCUUCUGUCUUCUAUUCACUUCCAGUGUCGCAGGCUUGACAGGUCGGCCCAUUUCAGCACUUUGGCCAUCAAGCAGAAUCCAAUGCUGGCUGAGGCCUACUCCAACCUGGGCAAUGUCUACAAGGAACGAGGUCAACUCCAGGAGGCGAUCGAGCACUAUCGUCACGCACUGCAUCUCAAACCGGACUUCAUCGAUGGGUACAUAAAUCUGGCAGCUGCGCUGGUGGCGGCCGGGGACAUGGAGGGAGCGGUGCAAGCAUAUGUAUCUGCUCUUCAAUAUAAUCCGGAUCUGUAUUGUGUACGGAGUGACUUGGGUAACCUCCUAAAAGCGCUUGGGCGCCUUGAAGAAGCAAAGGCUUGUUACCUGAAAGCAAUUGAGACUCAACCGAACUUCGCCGUGGCUUGGAGUAACCUGGGCUGUGUGUUCAACGCUCAGGGAGAGAUCUGGCUGGCCAUACAUCAUUUUGAAAAGGCAGUGACCCUGGAUCCAAACUUUCUGGAUGCUUACAUUAACUUGGGUAAUGUUUUGAAAGAGGCUCGAAUCUUUGACAGAGCUGUUGCCGGCUAUCUCCGUGCGCUCAGUCUGAGCCCUAACCAUGCUGUUGUGCAUGGGAACUUGGCCUGCGUGUACUAUGAGCAGGGUUUGAUUGAUUUGGCCAUCGACACCUACCGUCGUGCCAUUGAGCUGCAGCCGCACUUUCCUGAUGCUUACUGCAAUCUCGCCAAUGCCCUGAAGGAGAAGGGCAAUGUAAGAACCUCUUUUCCUCAGAAGGGUGAGUUUCAGAUUUGUGUCUUACGUCAGGUUUCUGAAGCUGAAGAAUGCUACAACACAGCUCUGCGUCUGUGUCCAACCCACGCCGAUUCACUUAACAAUCUGGCCAACAUCAAGCGUGAGCAGGGCAACAUUGAGGAGGCUGUGCAGCUUUACAGGAAAGCUCUGGAGGUGUUCCCAGAAUUCGCUGCUGCCCAUUCGAACCUUGCCAGUGUACUGCAACAGCAGGGGAAACUCCAGGAAGCUCUCAUGCAUUAUAAGGAGGCCAUCAGAAUUAGCCCCACAUUUGCCGAUGCAUAUUCCAAUAUGGGCAACACUCUUAAAGAGAUGCAGGAUGUUCAAGGCGCCCUGCAGUGUUACACCCGUGCCAUUCAGAUCAAUCCUGCAUUUGCAGAUGCUCACAGUAACUUGGCUUCCAUUCACAAGGAUUCUGGAAACAUACCAGAAGCGAUUGCAUCUUACCGCACCGCCUUGAAGCUCAAACCUGACUUCCCCGAUGCUUACUGUAACCUGGCUCACUGUCUACAGAUUGUGUGUGACUGGACUGACUAUGACGAGCGUAUGAAGAAGCUUGUGACCAUUGUGGCCGAUCAGCUGGAGAAGAACCGCCUGCCGUCUGUGCACCCGCAUCACAGCAUGCUGUACCCCCUCUCUCACGGUUUCCGCAAGGCGAUUGCAGAGAGACACGGCAACCUCUGUCUGGAUAAGAUCAAUGCUCUACAUAAACCUCCCUAUGAGUAUCCUAAAGACCUGAAGGCCAGCGCGGGUCGUAUCCGGGUGGGCUACGUUAGUUCAGAUUUUGGAAACCAUCCCACUUCACACCUGAUGCAGUCCAUCCCUGGCAUGCACAACUCUGAGAAGUUCGAGGUCUUCUGUUACGCUCUCAGCCCUGAUGACAGCACGAACUUCAGAGUCAAAGUUAUGGCGGAGACUCAUCACUUCAUUGACCUCUCACAGAUUCCCUGUAAUGGAAAAGCAGCUGACAGGAUACACCAAGAUGGAGUCCACAUUCUGGUCAACAUGAAUGGUUAUACUAAGGGAGCACGCAAUGAACUGUUUGCACUGCGCCCAGCACCAAUACAGGCUAUGUGGCUCGGCUACCCUGGGACCAGCGGAGCUCCGUUUAUGGACUACAUCAUCAGCGAUAAGGAGACGUCUCCUAUUGAGGUCGCUGAGCAGUACUCUGAGAAACUGGCCUACAUGCCUAACACUUUCUUCAUUGGAGAUCACGCUAACAUGUUCCCUCAUCUCAAGAAAAAGGCAGUUAUUGACUUCAAGUCAAAUGGACACAUUUUUGACAAUCGUAUUGUGCUGAAUGGCAUUGAUCUGAAAGCCUUCCUGGAAAGUCUGCCAGAUGUCAAAGUUGUGAAGAUGGAGUGUGACGGCCAGGAGGUGCCUGAUAGUAAUGGUGCCCUCUCCAUGCCUGUCAUCCCUAUGAACACAGCUGCUGAGGCCAUCAUUAACAUGAUCAACCAAGGCCAGAUCCAAGUGACCAUCAAUGGGUUUACUGUCAGCAAUGGCCUAGCCACAACUCAGAUAUUUACAGCGGAGGAGGUUGUAGUAUCUGGGACUGUAGCAUUGCAGAUUAACAACAAGGCAGCAACCGGAGAGGAGGUUCCCAGAACAAUCGUGGUGACUACCCGCUCACAGUACGGCCUUCCUGAAGAUUCCAUUGUCUAUUGCAACUUUAACCAGCUCUAUAAGAUUGACCCUCCCACACUGCAGAUGUGGGCCAAUAUCCUGAAGCGUGUGCCCAACAGUGUGCUGUGGCUCCUGCGUUUCCCAGCGGUUGGUGAGCCCAACAUCCAGCAGUACGCUCAGAAUCUUGGUCUGCCUGCCUCUCGUAUCAUCUUCUCUCCUGUGGCACCCAAAGAGGAGCAUGUGAGGCGUGGACAGUUAGCAGAUGUGUGUCUGGACACCCCACUCUGUAACGGACACACAACAGGCAUGGAUGUGCUGUGGGCCGGUACCCCAAUGGUCACCAUGCCAGGAGAGACACUGGCGUCUCGUGUAGCGGCCUCUCAGCUGACCUGUCUUGGCUGCCCUGAACUCAUCGCUCCGAGUCGUCAGGAGUAUGAAGAGGUUGCUGUCAAGCUCGGCACAGAUAUGGAAUACCUGAAGAAAAUCCGCUCUCGUGUGUGGAAGCAACGGAUCUGCAGUCCACUCUUCAACACCAAACAGUACACCAUUGAACUGGAGAGGCUGUACCUGCAGAUGUGGGAGCACCAUGCAGCCGGAGGCAAACCUGACCAUCUAGUCAAAGUGCAUUCUCUGGAGACCAGUGAGAGCACCUAAGCCCAGCGCACCGAUGCAUGCCCCUCCCUCCUUUUACUGAUCAACCUCGCCCCUUCUCCAUGUCCUUCAGUAUGUGUCAGAGACUCUUAAAGAGCCCACUUGUGAGCACCAUCACCUUGAUCACAGCCAGCUUUAGUUUUUAUGAGCCAGAGUGGACAGCACUGAUGCUCCGCCCCCUGGCCAUCAUACCUUGAAUAAAUUCAUGUUGGUUGACUCUUAACUCUCCUUUCUGCUUCUGUAUGGAGUCCUGGUUCUGUCAUUUGCAGUGACUAGGUGGAUGAUCAACGAGAGAGAGAGACGGUAAUUGAACUGAGGAAAUGUACCUCUUCCAUAAUGGGCUUUAACACACAGAUGUGACCUUGUUUUUUUAGUUAGGUGAUGUGCUCCUUGACCUAUUUUAAGUUUCUCAUCAUGAUUUAGUUGAGUGAUGGAUCCGUAUCGUUUUUCCACUACUGAAUGCCAACGUUUUCCAUAAUCGUAUCAACAGAAAGUUAUUUAUCUCUUUUUAUUGAAAACAUGAUCAGAGAACAAACAGGAGUGUCAUAUUACACACAGCAUUGACUUGACUUUAUUUGGGUUUUCUUUUCUUAUGAUUUUUACUUGGAAAGGUCUAGGUAAGUAUGUUGUUUUGGUUUUGUACACUGUCUUCCUAAAUAAUCAGUUUUAUUUAUGCUUUGUGCAAGGCUCUUUACAUAAACUGAAAUAAAGCGAUGUGGCAAACCUUCAAGAGAGUUGCAUAUACUUGGCUACGGGUUUCAUUUGUCUUAUUUUUUUUAGGAGAAGACACGUUUAUGAUGAAAUAACUCCAGUAAAUCCUGAUGUAUAUGCUAUGAUGUAUCUGUUCUCACUGCUGACUCGACUGUGUGAUGUGCAUUCAUUGUAAAUUUGAUCGCUGCUGUCUUCAUUUGAAUAAAGAAGUAAUAAAGAUG